GGCGGCUCUUCAGUUGAUCUCGCGACUUCGUAAGGACUAGACCUACUUCAAAAGUAGUGCAUCCAGAGUGUUUGUUUGUGAUUACGAUGUGGACCCGCCUAGGAGCCAUAUUGCUUCUGGUGGCCGUGGCCAACGCCAACAAUGCCACCCAUGGACCGAAGGUGCUGUGCUAUUACGACGGAUCGGGCUCGCAGCUUGAGAACCUGGGGAAAGUAACUCCAACGGACAUUGAGCUUGCGCUGCCAUUUUGUACCCACCUGAUCUACGGAUAUGCCGGACUCAAUGUCGCAACCCACAAGAUCCGUUCGUUGAACGAGGAGCUGGACCUCGACUCCGGCAAGGGUCAGUACCGACAGAUUACCUCGCUGAAGCGUCGCUACCCAGGACUUAAGGUUCUGCUCAGCGUUGGAGGAAACAAGGACUUGGCCGAGGAGAAACCCUUCGAGAAGUACCUGAAGAUGCUGGAAAACGGAGGAAGUCGUACGGCCUUCGUCAACUCCGUUCACUCGCUCCUUAAAACCUACGAAUUCGAUGGUCUAGACAUGGCCUGGCAGUUCCCCCAAACCAAGCCGAAGCGUAUCCGAGGCUGGUCCGGUAAGCUGUGGCACGGAUUCAAGAAGCUCUUCACCGGCGAUAGCAUCCUAGAUCCGAAAGCCGAAGAACACAAAGAAGAAUUCACCGCGCUGGUCCGCGAUCUGAAGAGUGCCUUCCUGCACGAGAAGUUCCUGCUGGGGUUGACCGUACUGCCGCAUGUGAACGAGUCGCUGUUCCUGGAUAUUCCGCUGUUGAAGGACAGUCUGGACUACGUGAAUCUGGCUUCGUUUGAUCAGCAAACACCCGAAAGGAAUCCCAAGGAGGGAGAUUUCACGGCGCCGAUUUACGAACCGUCGGAGCGGGUUGUUGGAAAUAACGUCGAUUCGGAGGCCAAGUAUUGGCUCGCCCAGGGAACCCCCGCCGAGAAGAUCAUCAUCGGCAUCCCAGCUUACGGCCGCGGCUGGAAGCUGAACGAAGACUCCGGCAUCACCGGAGUUCCCCCGCUUCCCGCCGACGGUCCCUCCCUCCCCGGCCAGUACACCGGCAUUCCCGGAUUCUACAGCUGGGCCGAGGUGUGCGCUCUGCUGCCCAACCCAGGAAACGCCAACCUCGGAGGUGCGGAUCAACCGCUGCGUAAGAUCGGCGAUCCCACGAAGCGAUUCGGCGUGUACGCGUUCCGAAUUCCGGACGAAAACAACGAGCACGGAAUGUGGCUCUCGUACGAAGAUCCGGACUCCUCGGGGAACAAGGCGGCCUACGUGAAGGCCAAGGGACUGGGUGGAAUUUCGAUCUUUGAGCUGGGAUACGACGAUUUCCGGGGAACGUGCGCCGGCGACAAGUUCCCCAUCCUGAGGGCGGCCAAGUAUCGGCUGUAAAAAGUGGGGAAUUGGUUCUCUCCCUUCACGGCAGUAUCGAUUUGACCUGAGACAUGCAAUAAAAAGUCAUAUAUUACAACGUACAAGA